GUGCUCCAUUUUCAAACCUCCGUGGUGAACGGUUGAAGGUCCGGAGGUCUGGUCACGUGUUUCGGGCGGAUUAAAGGGCCGCGGGCGGCUCCGGUCACCUGUACCGGGCAAUGGAGAGUCGUAUCAUCACCCCGGGGCCCUAUAGGGCCACCAAACUGUGGAAUGAAAUCACCAAGUACUUCCGCGCCGGCAUGCCCCUGAAGAAACACAGGCAGAGCUUCAAGACCUACGGCAACUGCUUCACCGCCUCGGAAGCCAUAGACUGGCUGCAUCACCUCCUCAGGAACAACAGUAACUUCGGCUCGGACGUGACGCGGCAGCAGACCAUCCAGCUCCUCAGGAAGUUCUUGAAGAACCACGUCAUCGAGGACCUGAAGGGCCGAUGGGGCACCGAGGACCUGGAGGAUAACCACCAGCUGUUCAGGUUCCCCUCGACGUCCCCAAUAAAGACCAUUCCCAGCCGACAGCCUCUGUGGAAAAGAAGCAGCUUGGAGAACGUCUUCAAGGAGAAGGAGCAUCUCUUCAAGAUGCCGCAUUUCUCCAAGAGGACCCCAAAAAGACCGGGAUCUCUGGACGGCAAGGACGAACAAGAAAAUGAAGGCACCGAAGCAAUGGACAUAGAUAUGGAAAGUGAUAACCCUGGCACCAAGGAACUGGCCAAAAAGGAUAUAGAAGAUAUCUGGGGAAACAUUGCUCUAGUCCAUCUUCAGAAAAUCCUCGCUCUCCCGUCAUUGGACGAAGUCCUGAAUCCCGAGCAGAUGAACCCCGGACAUAUCAUGUACAAUAUGACGCACACCAGCAAACAUGGAGUCGUCUUCCUGCAAGACAAGACUGAUGAUCUCCCUCACUGGGUCUUGUCUGCAAUGAAGUGUCUUGCGAAUUGGCCAAGACAUAAUGACAUGAGUCAGCCCUCCUAUCCCGGCUUUGAGCGCGACGUCUUCAGAACGGUCGCUGACUACUUCCUGAACCUCCCGGAGCCCCUCCUCACAUACGAGUAUUAUGAGCUUUUUGUUAAUAUCCUGGUUGUAUGUGGCUACAUUACGGUACCCCGCAGGCGCAGCAGGAAGCACAGAGCCAAGAAGGAAGCGUCCGCCUCCCGAUCCUCCCCGUCCAAAAAACUGAGCGACACAAACUUUAAGUCCACGGAAUGCCUGCUGCUCAGCCUGGUACGGAAGGUGCCCAACGAAGACGAGGAAGACGGCGACGACCAAAGCUUCGGCGAGCUCGGCAGGGAACACAAGGACUUUGCUUUGCACAAUACCAACCGGGAGAAGCUUUACAGUUCCCUUGCCAGGCGGCCGAAGGACAGUAAGGUCGUGGGUGGCAGCUGUCAGAACCUCUCCGCGGGCAGGAAGGACGCUAAUGCCCCCUUUAAAUCCCGGCUGCGCAGUUGCUCGUUGGAGGGAAUCACAGACGUGUCCUGUUCUGACUCCUCGCAGGCUUGUUCUCCGGUUUCUCUAACCUGCUCCCCGACUCUACCUCCACCUGACAAUCCUUGCAGCCAGCGCGGUGUGAACAGUGUAUCUGAGAGCAAUGGCCAAGCGCUGCUGCAACGAAAUGGGCCGGACUACGGGACACUGUCCAGAUCGCGCAGCAUGGGGGACUAUCUGGGGUCCUGCACUAGUAUAAACACUCCGGUGGCUGAGAUCACCAUCAGGCCCGGGCAGGCCGGCCAAGGCAGACUGCAGAAACGCUUGAGCUCUAUCGAGGAAAGCGAAACGGCCGACCCAGGCGUCGCCGUCACCAAACGGUUGUGUCAGAGCAAUAUGGAGCUUUCCAGUUCUCUCCCCUCAAACUCUUCCGCACUGCACGCUAACCAGCCCUGCACUGGCACGGAAAGUUUGCUGCAGCCUCACCUGGAGCGGGUGGCCAUAGACGCCCUCCAGCUCUGCUGUCUGCUCCUCCCGCCCCCGAACCGCAGGAAGCUGCAGCUGCUGAUGAGAAUGAUCGCCCGCAUGAGCCAGAACGUGGAUAUGCCGCGCCUGCACGAUGCCAUGGGCACCAGAUCUCUGAUGAUCCAGACUUUUUCCCGCUGCGUGUUGUGCUGUGCAGAAGAGGUGGAUCUGGAUGAGCUUCUGGCUACAAGGCUGGUCUCCUUCCUUAUGGACCAUCACCAGGAGAUCCUCCAAGUGCCAUGUUACCUGCAGACGGCCGUACAGGAUCACAUCCAGUAUCUCCAGAGAGCACAUGUGAAGGACCCGUCAGACCCGACUCCGGCCUUCUACUUCUGUAAGCAGAUCAGCACGCGGGAGUUCGAGGAGCAAAAGGCAACGACGUUACAGACCGCCAUUGUGGAGCUUCUGGAGAGCAUUGUGAGGGAUAAGAAUCUGUCCAUGAAGGACAAGAAGAAAAAACUCAAACAGUUUCAGAAAGAAUAUCCCGAAAUCUACCGCAGCCGCUUCCCGACGACGGAGAGUGAAGCCAGACUCUUCGGAGACAAGCCUACGAUCAAGCAGCCCAUGUUGGUUCUGAAAAAACCAAAGUUUCGCAGCUUGAGAUACUGACUAGACCGCGGCAGAAGGAAAGCUGUCCCCCCGUCUUCUCUUUAGUCUCUUAUGUCUCAGGAUCUUUAAUCUGUUUACAUGAAUGAGACGUAUAUUCUCUUACUAAACGUCAGGGAUCCGGCUACUUAUAUGGAAUUAAGCAAAAUCCAAGUUUACAGUAUGUGAGUAGUACAGGGAAACAUGGGUCCAAUUGAACAUAUGUCCCAAAAUCACUGCCAAUUAGGUGAUUCGUCAAGCCAAGUUUUUGCUUGUUUUGUAGUAUUUUUCCAACUGGUGGCGCUGUUGCAUUACGGUCUAUGAGGAAAAAUUGCAACAGCUGUGGUGAAAAAUGGUACUGCAAGUGGAACUAGCUGAAACAUCUUUAUAGUUAAAGAGGUACUCCGGUGAAAACCUUUUUUUUUUUUUUUAUUU